AUGGUAGCAUAUGUUCAAAGUUUAAUACUAAAAUGUUUUAGUUUGGGAUGCGUUAUAGCAGCUGGAGGUUUAUGGGCUGGCUCCGAGGUGGAUACACGGCCCAAGAACAGGGACGAACAGACACUAGUCGGUGGUGCGAUUUGGUCCCAAAUGCUGAUACCGUUGGGACUAAUUAUAUCGAUGGUAGUAGAAGACGGAUUGUAUAUUUUUGUACAUGGCUAUUUUCUCCUUGUAGGAUCUGCGUUAUUGGUUACAACUGGGAUGGUUUUGACUUUUGGCGAAUGGAACAGAAUGAAGGCAGUGCAUAGAACCAGCAGAUUGCAAGAUGUACUUAACAUCAGUAAUCAAGUGCUCACAUCCGAAUCGUUUGAUAAAAUAUACUUAGGCAUUGGCUUGUUGUGUCUGUUAGCUGGAGUUCUAACAUUUGCUGAUUUUAUUGUUAUUGUUUUAUAAGUUCUAUACAUAUU